CGCGGCACAGUGGCCGUUUACCGGCGGGCUGGAUUCAAACGGGAGCUGGCGGCGGAGCGCAGCCGCUAUGAGCGGGGAACCCUCCCGCAUCCCCGUGUACAGCGCGCUGCACCGCGCUGCCACGCACGCAGAAAUGCAAAUGGCUUUUUCUUCAAAGAAACAAUGUGUCAGCAGAAGAACAGACCUAGAGUUCAACAAAGAUCCCGAUUUUAACUUCAGCUCCAACAUUCCAGCAGAUGGUGUCUUCAAAGCGACAAGCCAAGGGUUGCCAAAAUCUGCCAAGAAAGGGGAGCCGCUUUUGAAGAAGCCAGUUACAAGAGGACCUCUCAACAGAUACAAACUAGAAGCUGAGUUGAAGACCAAGAAUCAGAUGUUGGAAACAGCCAAGCAACAGCUACACUCCAAAUUAACAGAAGCACAGUGUACCAUAAAGGGCUUAAAGGAGAAGAAUGAAGGCCUGGUACAAGAAGUUGAGAAGUUCAAGAAACUUCAGGAGACUUGCAUGGUGAUUUUAGAAAGCAGAAACAUUGAUCCUGUUACAGGCAGCACCAUUUUGGAGGAGGAAGAAAAGACACAGGAAUGCCAGAGGCAGACAGUGCUGCUAACAGGGAAGCUCAUAGAAGAAUUGAGGCUGUUUAAUCAAAUGGCUGCAAAAGAAAAUGAGAUACUUCAGACAGCAACGGUGAAGUGGAAAGCAGCAGAAAAGGAGAGCCGCUGCUCCCUGGAGCAGCAUUCCUUCUUCCAAGCAUCCAUGAAGGAGUGUUCAGCAGUACUUGACAAGCUGGAGCUGCUCCUGGCUAUGUGAGGAGUGAGAAUGGACUGUACUAUCUGGUUUUGCUGUUCUAUUCCUUAGUUCAGUGGGCUCUCCUUGUCAUACCUCACUCUCUGACAUGGUGGUGAGAACCAAUGCACCGUCCCUGCUCCGGUGGCCCCCACUGGGUGCUCUCCACUGCUCCCCUCGCCGGUGAACGGCUCCUCUGUCCUGGGCUCUCGGCGUGUUGUGUCUAUUCGUGGUUUUAAUCCAUUAAAUACUAGAAGCUUGUUGA